CCACUAGGUGACAGUAUGAACCAAUGUGUCCGCCUGCCAGAGUGACACUGAGCAGUAGCCUACAUUGAUAACAUUUGGAUAAGGUCAUUCUAUCAUGAUCAUUGACAGAUCAACACAGACACACCUCUUUAUUCUCUCCUCUUUAGACCUUCAUCUUGUGGAAUCUGAGUUAUCACAACCCAGAGGCACUCUGCAGAUCAGGUUAAGUUUAGAACUCUAGGUGAACAUACUAAAGUAACUAUUUGUAAGUCGCUCUGGAUAAGAGCGUCUGCUAAAUGACUUAAAUGUAAAUGUAAACUAUCAAAUGGUAGGUGCAAAUUGAAACUUUAAAUAAUUGUUCUAAUUUGUAUUAUUGUAAAGGAUAAUUAGUAGAUUACUUUGAACUGUUCCAAGCUCUACCACUUUCUAGUUAAGGCUACUGUAUCCAGCGGUGUAAAGUACUUACUUAAAAGUAUUUUAAGUACUACUUAAGUCGUUUUUUGGGGUAUCUGUACUUUACUUUAUUUAUAUUUUUGAGUAGUUUUACUUCACUACAUUCCUGAAGAAAAUGUACUCCAUACAUUUUCCCUGACAACCAAACGUACUUGUUACAUUUUGAAUGUUUAGCAGGACAGGAACAUUGUCAAAUGCACGCACUUAACAAGAGAAUACGAGGUCAUCCCUACUGCCUCUGGCCUGUCUGACUCACUAAACAUAAUUGCAUCUUUUGUAAAUAAUGUCUGGGUGUUGGAGUGUGCCUUGCAGUACAUACAUUUUAAAAACAUGAAAAUGGUGCCUUCUGCUUUGCUUAAAAUACUUAAUUUGAGAGGAUUUAUAAUUUUGAUACUUAAGUAUAUUUUAGCUAUUACAUUUACUUAAGUAUAUUUAAAACCAAAAACUUUUAGACUUUUACUCGAGUCGUAUUUUACUGGGUGACUUUCACUUUAACUUGAGUAACUUUCUAUUAAGGUAUCUAUACUUUUACUCAAGUAUGAUAAUUGGGUACUUUUUCGACCACUGACUGUAUCCACAGGUAUUCUAUGUGGGCUAGUUAUGUUGCUGAUCUGUUGCCCUCUCCAUAACUUAUUCAAGGUUAGCUGACUUUUAUGAUCGGCUAUACACACACAAAAACUGGAUCAGUUACAUGCGUGUUGGCAUCAGUUAUCAAGGACACACAGUGACGGCUACUGUUCAAAGCAACAUUUAAUUCUAUCCAAUUAACCGGUCUGUUAAACUGCUACAGACCCGCCCCUUUCUGGCAGACAGACCAGCACUUCAAUCGCUAUCUCCCAUUUUCUCUUUUCCGGGUUUGACAGGGCAAGUGUCGACCAAUCACCGUUAAACACCAACAGACUCAGAGUAAUGCGCGAUUGAGUGAGGGCUCGCGACAGUACGUAUUCUCCUGUGCAACAAUAUUGCAUCGAAACCAUUCCAGAAAAUAGAAGUGCCACAUAUUGAAUGAUUAAGCUACAGUAACACUUUUAGUUAUAUCGUUCAGUGAUUUGCAGGUCUAGACAGAGAGAAACGUCAAAUGAAGACGUUGUCUGUGGAGGAUGCACAUCGCUGUCAGUGUCAUUGGAUGUGGUGGUGUUUUUAAUUUAACCAUCAUCAUUCCGGAACGACAUCUACAAUAGCAACUUUUCACAAUGAGGCUGUAUACGGUUUUAUUGAAAAACACCAAAAAAAUUGAAUAUUAUUCAAGAUUUUCACCGUCACCUCUCUCCAUCAAGCAAUUUUUGGAAUUUGGUCGGGACAAUGCGUGUGAGAAGACAUCCUUUAUGUUCCUGAGGAAGGAGCUGCCGGUGAGGCUGGCUAACACCAUGAGAGAGGUCAACCUGUUGCCUGAUAACCUGCUCAGUCAGCCCUCAAUCAAACUGGUGCAGAAAUGGUACAUGCAGAGCUUUGUGGAGCUGUUGGGGUAUGAGAACAGAAAACCAGAGGAUCCUCAGGCCCUCAAUGAUUUCCUGGAGUUGUUGAUAGAGAUCCGUAAUCGUCAUAAUGACGUGGUCCCUACCAUGGCCCAGGGGGUUAUAGAGUACAAGGAGAAGUUUGGCUUUGACCCCUUCGUCAGCAGUAACAUCCAAUACUUUCUGGACCGCUUCUACACCAACCGCAUAUCCUUCCGCAUGCUCAUCAACCAACACACUCUCCUGUUCGGCAAUGACACUAACCCAGCCCACCCCAAACAUAUUGGCAGCAUAGACCCCACUUGCAGCGUGGCUGAAGUAGUCAAAGAUGCCUAUGAGACAGCCAAGAUGCUGUGUGAACAGUACUACCUUGCUGCCCCUGCACUCCAGAUCCAAGAGUUCAACAUGAAACAAGACAAAGACAAAUCGAUCCAGGCUGUGUAUGUUCCCUCUCACCUCUUCCACAUGCUGUUUGAACUCUUCAAGAACUCUAUGCGGGCCUCCGUGGAGCUCCAUGAGGACAGUAAGGAGGGCUUACCUCCGGUGAAGGCCAAAGUCACACUAGGAAAAGAGGACCUGUCCAUAAAGAUCAGUGAUAGGGGUGGAGGUGUACCUCUGAGGAAGAUCGAUCGUCUGUUUAACUACAUGUACUCUACUGCCCCCACGCCCAGCCUAGAACCCUCCAGCACUGUCCCACUGGCUGGUUUUGGCUAUGGUCUGCCCAUCUCCAGGUUGUAUGCCAGGUAUUUUCAGGGAGACCUGAAGCUCUACUCCAUGGAAGGGGUUGGCACUGAUGCUGUCAUAUAUCUCAAGGCUCUGUCCAGUGAGUCGUUUGAGCGCCUGCCCGUCUUUAAUAAGUCGGCAUGGCGACACUACCAGACCAGCCCUGAGGCAGACGAUUGGAGCAACCCGAGCAAAGAGCCACGAGACACCAGCAAAUCAAAUUACAAGGCCAACCGAUAACUCUGCCCUAAAACGCUUCCCCCGCCCGCCUGCCUGGCACACUGAACUCUGCCCCUUCAAUGAUCCCCUCGCUAACAAAAUCAUCAUGGGUUUAACUUCAGCUGCCGCGGCGAUACAACGCCCUCUCUGCAGUCAUUGAUGUUGUUGUCCCAGGGUGGACUUUGGAACAGGAUUUUAGCCCCACCCCUUGACUCCUCUGAUAGGUUAUUUGGUCAGUUGUUCCUCUUCACAAUAUGUUCUAAGUGGGACUACAGCGACCAGAUUGGUGGACAGACAGUCAGUUUGAGAUGGUUGAGGCCACUCUUUGCUUCGAUCCCUUAUCUUCAGCUUUACUGACCACAGCACUCCCUUGUGGUUCUCUCCAGCCACUGCAGCUAGAGGCUCUGUCUUUGGGCUGGGAAAGGUUUCUGUUCUGCUCUCUCUGUGUCCAGUCUCGGUUUGUUCAGUCAAACAUAAUAGAACCUCUGUUUCUCUCUUCUCUCCCCUACAAAGCAGAAGGCUGUGACAGGCUGAGGGUUUGGGUUUCAGGCCUGACAGAGAAAAGGGACAAGGAGCUCCUUUUCUCCCUUUGAGGACACAGUUUUGAAUGGGCACUAAUCUCGUCCACCAGCCGGCGCUCUCUGUCGAUCCGUCUGGUCUCACAGCGCCUCAGAAUGGAACUUGAAUGGGAGACUAUGGCAGGAGCGGCGAAAACAUACGCCGAUUUUAAUUGGCUGUUCUCUGUCCAUCGCCAUCUAGCCCAACCCCGAGAACAUACCCCAGCUACAUUGUGGACUUCAAAGCGCAAGUGAGGAAGGAAGUGAGUUCGGGAAAAUCUGAAAGUAUGCAUAUUGGAAAUUAUUUUGACUUAUAAACUUUAUACGCCCGAACUCAGAAUCAAUUGGGCUUCCCCAAAAUAAUAUUGUUUAUGUAAUAGAACAUUUAUUUUGAUUGACAAUUUUCCAGCUAAUAAAACGGUUGCUAUCUCUCACUUCCUGUCAGUUACUACUAGCUUCCACUGCCACAAAGUCAACAUAGGCUACAAAAAUUGACUGUGUGGUCUUAAUUUAAGGAACAAACCGAGAGAUAGGCAGCGUUUAUGACUUUGUGGGUGUGCUAACUUGUGACGACCCUCCUGCAUCGAUUUAAAGACAUGUCUCAUAGUUGUGUGAUUCGCUUAGAAUUUGACUUGAUUAGCAUGGCACUCAGUAAAUCAACACCCCCUAAGUUCUAACCAGUCCCACCCUAUUACGGUCCCUGAUAUCUGGAGUCCUUGGGACGUCCCUACCCCAUUGAAGUUGAAAUGUAAAAGUGUUAAGGUAGGGACAUCCCAAGGAUCCUGGAUAGCACUGACCACCCCGUUACCAGACUAUGUGCGCCAGCAAUUCGACCCGGGCACGAGGUUAAUUAGGCACAACGAGGGUCAGGGUGGGCAGUUGUCAUGGUUACAGUGGCGUGGCCAAUGCCAAGUUAUAGAAAAGAGAGAGUUGCAGUGACUAACUAGACCUAUAAGAACAUUUUAGGAACAAUGGGAACAAGCUUUAAACUAACUAAAGAUAGUUAUUAUGCAUUACGCAUGUUGCAUUAUAUUAUAGAAAGAAUCUGGAACAAACAGAUGUAUUUUUUAUUAAUUAUUAUUCCAUUAUCUCAGAAAGAGGGGGAGACUUAGAACUCUGAGGAGUUAAGAAAUAGUAUUGCAUGACAAAUUAAUUUCAACUCCAUUGUUUUAUUUUGUUUUUACUGUAUUGUGACGUGUUGGUUUGAGAGGAGAAACUAGUGAAAUAGGCAUCCUCAAUCUUUCCCCCAGAUCUUAACCAGCGAUACUGAUCCUCCCUGAACCCUUUGAAAGGUUAAAACUGUAUAAGGUUAAAGCCCACCUAGCUGUCUUGCCCCCUUUCUAAAAACCUUUGGUGUUAAUUUGUUUCUAUUGAACAACUUGGUGCCCAUUUGAGGUUUUCUAUGGGAAACACUGCUCUGAGUCUCAAAGAAAAUGGAUGUUUUCAGGAUGCUAAUGUUAACUAAUGAUGGUUCACCAUGUGAGCCUUGUCUUUCCUGUAGCUUAUUGCUUGUAAACCUCUCCAGCAUUACAUGUGUUACUGUUAACCCUCCCAGCUCCUUCCACACCCUGAUAAGACCAUGCAAAGGCUACAUGACCUAUCCUAAAGAUGGCUACAUUUUGUUAACCUUGUUUGUCCCCCUGUGGCAGCAUCAACCUUGCAAAGCAUUAUGAACAUUCUCACGUUAACCAAGACUAUCGCUAACAACAUCACACCAACUCAACCUUUUAAUUCACCUAGUAGUGGUAUUACUAAACAUUAUGAACAUUGAACGAGCUUGAACAUCAACUAGUAUUUUGAAUGGUUUUCCGAUAAGACAUGUAAUAGCUGUCAUUGGUUGAAGUGUGUGAAUAAUGCUCUUCAAGGAUGGAAGGGAUUGGAUGAGAUUAAUAUUUGUAUCUAAGUGUCAAGAAGAAUCUGUGGCAUUGUAGUGGUGUAAAACAGUGGCCAUUUUGAAACCCCAUUGUUUGUGCAGGAGUAUGCAGGAGUAUGGACCUGAACAAAUAUUUUGUGUUCCUGAAACAAGGGUUCUUUUGCAUAGGAAAAUGGUUGAUUUUUGAUCUUUUGUUUUUUACUUCAAUUUUUUUGCAUUUAUUUUUUGUGUAACUGGAUGAUGAUUAUUCCAGAGGGGGCUCUUUCCUCCCUCUUUUUUGAUUUUUAAGUCACCAUCUACAGUAUACACAUACUGUUUUUCUUCAUCAAUGACUUCGUAUGUGGAUUACAUUUCAUUCAGGCCUCUCUGAUAAGAAUCAAUUGUCUUAGUUAACACUGGGAUAAUAUUAGCUUGUUUGUUUCUAGUUAUCCUCAUUCUCAUUGGCCGGUUUAUGAAAAGUGGGCCAAAUUUGGACCAAUCAUGUAGCUCUGAUCUGACAUCAUCAGUUUUCAGCAAAACCUGAACUAACUCAUUCCAGCACUGCCAAGGUGGCACCUAAAAUGGGUUUAGCUGUAGAUAAGGUAGUGAAUCCUUUCUUACCUUUUUGUACCUCUAAGGUAUUAGUAGCUUAUAUUGUAUAUACAGUAUGGUAAUAUAUUGAACCGGUGUGAAGUGAUUACUCAUACAUCCUUACUGUAUCUCUGAUGUAAGGAGAUGACUGAGCACUUUGUUUGAACUCCUCUCUGUAGAGAAAGUGUGUGCAGACGUAUGCAGCCCAUCUUAUCACAAAACAGUAACUUCUGUAUGUAUACAUGUGGUACAGUAGCGGCUAGCAUAGAUAGUAGACACAGUGAUAUGCUGAAUACCUCUAUAUUGUUGUAUGAGGUCAAGCUUGCAAUACCUACUGUCAAUUUCCCAAAGCUACAAUAAAGAGAACAAAACAGA